UUUUUUAAUUAUCUUUUUGAUAUUUCUGAUCUUAAUUGCACACGCGCGUGCAUUUCUUUGAUUCUAUCAUUAGAGUAUACGGAUGGAAGAAUGUGACGAGAGAGUUUCACUCUUUUUCUCUAACAUCAAAAUGUGGAUAUAUUAUAUUUUGUUUCAAAUGCAAAGAAGUACAAGUGAAAUGAAUGGAUGUAAGGUAAUUUUGAUUUUUGACCGUUACAAUCGAGUGUAUAAAAUUAGCUUAUCUAAGUUGAAAUAGCUAUGUUCAAAGUCGAUAUUUCAAAUGCAGAAACGCUGUCACAGGUGUAGCAAGUGGACCUGCAUCCACAUUCAAUUAUUUUCCUCUUAAGCCCAUAUCAGAUUGUGCAUUGAAGACCGAUUGCGAAUUGGAGAUUAGAUUUCGACCAAUCAGAUAAUGCGAAUCUUAUCUUCACUUUAUUGUAAUUGGUUGAAUUCCAAUCCUCUGAAAUUUUUUUAAAUGCAAUAGUGAUAGAGAGAUCGGUUGAAUAUGUAUCUUUUUUCCGAAGAUAAAAUUGAUGUGUUCCUGGUAAGAAAUGUUGUGAUAUGCAAUUUUUUAUCAUUUUAUCAGCUUCUCCCAUAAAUUUAAUAUUUGUUUACGUUUUUUGUCUCCUUUUAGAAGGAAUUCCUUUAUUCUUCUCUCUCUACGAUCUUUAAUAUUCUAAAAUCGAUUAAACGUCUCCAAGGAACCGCUGAGAAUGGCGGUGAGAUAUUUCAACCGUACCUUUAACUAGUCUCAAACGUUGUUUCAUAAAGAUUUGAUUCGUGUGCAAUUCUGUUUACGGUUUCGCUCGCAGGAUGAAAGCCGUCAGCGAUUUCGAAUCUCCGCAAAGGAUAUCUCCCAGUGUUACGUCGUCCAAGAUAAAGGUCAACGUUCUUGGACGAGCACGGAAAAUGGGAUGCGAGCGAAAUGUCGCCUCGGCGCUUCUUCAACAACGACAGGCGCUUCGUGUCAUUCACGAAAACGUAGACGUCACACCGAAACCAUUGGUCCAUCCAGCUUUUGGCAUUAUCGAUGAGAAUCAGAUGACCGCCUUUGAGACCAUCGGAUUAUUCCAGACUGGAAACGGAUCUCCAUUGACAUCUCCAUCGCUCAGUGGUCUCAAAAUUAGUUCCUCCAUUCUUAGAACUCCCUCGAUGCCAUCCGAUUUGCAAAUGGAGAGUUUGAUGUCGACGCAGAUUUGUGGGCUUAUGCCUAUGGAGGAAGACGAGGAUGCCGCGCCAUUGCCAUUUUUUCUACCUGAUGACGAUUUGGCAAUAUUUGCGACACGUCCGGAAACUGUGACAAUCACUUUGAAGGAGACGCAGACGUUUUUCGUGUUCGAAAUGCCGCAAAUGACUGAAGAUUUGCGAACACCUGAGGGACAGGCAGUUCAACAGGAAAACGAGAAUUAUGAAUAUGUGACAGUGGGACCAGGUUCCAGUCGGAAGUUGUUAAACGUCGAGACACAGACGGUAUGUGUGUUGACGAAAUCACGCGGCACCUACUGUGGUCUGAGGCCCCGCAAGAAUCAGGGGAUGUUCGUAAACAAUUGGGUGAUUCAUGACACCUACGCGGCACCAAAAUUGAUGGUAGAGAAGAAUGGACUAUUAAUUGUGCACACGAAGGAAUCAAUGCGUCGGAUACAAGAAGCACAGGAACUCCGGUACAAACUCCCCGAACCUGAAAGGAUUCUUGAUCCAAGUCCUGAAGAACAACUAUCUCGUAUCUGUCGGGAGACACGCUUUCUGAACGCGGCACAUGUGAUGGAACGUAUAAUCGCAAAUAAUGUUUUCGCGGAGGCACAAAAGCGUUUUACUGGUUUGACCAAGCACGAUCCGUGCGCCUUGGAUUUGAAAUUCGAUUAUCGAUUAGGUUUAUUAUGGACUUUCGCAUGCGAAAUGGCACGCAAUCGUCCUGUGGUCGCGUUUCGUUGGAGUCCGGCGAACGCAAAUGUCCUCGCUGUCGCAUAUGGCGCCAAAACCGGGUCCAACAAGAUGGAUGGACUUCUGUUGAUUUGGUGUGCAAAGAAUCCUAGUCAUCCUGAUCGCGAAUAUACUUUCGACAAUUUGUUGUCCGACAUAGAUUGGAGUAAGGAACGGCCGAAUCUUUUAGCGAUCGGUUUUUAUGAUGGAAAUGUGAAGAUUAUUGAUGUCAGUGCAAAUAAGAUAAACGUUAUCAGGCAAAGUCGUAAAGAGGCAUUAGCAGCUUGCUCGCCACAUUGGCAGGUGCAAUGGUGGAGCGGUGACGAACAGUUUGACCGUCAAGAGCAGAUCUACACUAGCGAUCAAGAUGGUCGGGUAUACUGCUACCGUUUCGGCGAGGAUUUUAUUGCCACAGAGAUUAUGCGUUUGUAUAGAAUUGAAGGCAAAUUAAGCGGAAUUUCUAGAACUGAUCAUUGCGUGGCUUAUGACGUGCCCAUUAGUCGUCAACCGGGCGCCCUCAUUCUUCGAAAACAUCCCAUUAUUAGCAAUAUUUAUUUCGUCGGUUCUGAUGAAGGUUGCAUUUAUCGAUGCUCUACGAACUAUUUGCGUCAACACACGGAUAGCUUUCUAGCACAUGACGGUCCAAUUUAUUCAUUUGAGUUCUCGCCCUUUUGCCAAAAGCUGUUUUUGACCUGCGGCGCUGAUUGGUGCAUCAGAAUUUGGGCCGAAGGUCUCACCGAACCGCUAAUUACCCUAUCGACAACGAUGGCAUGCGUGAGAAAUGCCUGUUGGAGUCCUACAUGUUCCACUAUCAUCGCCAGCAUUGUUAACGAUCAAAUUUGCGUGUGGGACAUCCGUAGAAAAACGCAUAUUCCUGCUUCCGUAACGAUCUCAACGAGCGGAGCGAGAUUGGUUGCAGCUAAUUUUACAGCCAACGGGAAUCAACUGACAGUCGCUGAUGUCGAGGGUGUUGUUUACGUCUACAAUCUUGAAGGCAUGCCGUUUCCGCCCUACAAUCAAACUAAAGUGUUGAUUGAGUCUAUCUACAAGGCGCUGGCAACUAAACCGGAACUGUUAAAGAAAUUAAAAAAGCUCGAUCUAUCAUUUGACGCACAGUGAUAAGGGGAUGGUAUCGUUUAAUCUGGAAUGAUGGCAAUCAGUCACGACGCAUUGCGCUGGUCAGGAGUCGAUUGUCUCUGGGAUUCGAAAGAGGGAGAGAGGGACAUGGAAGAGAAGAAAAGAAAGAAAAAAAAGAAAGAUCGUAGCGUCCUUGCCCGCAGCUUUGAACUGGUUAUGUCAAACAACCAACCGGUGUAUAUAUGUGCAUAUGAUACGUGUUAUUCUACUCGUUUUCAAGUUUCUUUUUAAAAUGUGGACUUUGCAGAAUUUCUCAUUCCCUUCUCUCUCCUUCUUAUCGAUUGUUUUAAUCAGUCAGUUUCGAGUUUAGUGCGCGAUUUCCUAUCUCGGAAUGACAAAGAAAAUCAACGGUGAAAAUAAUUCGUCGUAAUUUAAUGAAUUCAUCCGAAGUUCCUAUCUUCUUUUCGCAAGUCGAUUAAAACAUAGAAACCGGUCUCUGUGAA